UCACUCAUAUUGAAACACAGGGUAACUUCUUUAUUAAGCCACAGUUCAUAUCCCCACCUGUAAUGGUAAAGUGCUUUUUUUAGACCGUAUAUAGGAUCAUGCUACCCAUCUUCAGCCAACUCUUUAAUGAUAUAAUCUCCCCUUGGGAUCUUCCUCUUACCCUAUAUCUAUGGGCAAACAUUCCACUCUCCCUACAUGGUUCAUAAUACAUUCCCAGACGACCAUCACUAGGUUUUUUUAAUUCUUGUUUUUGUUUUUUUUUUCCAGAAUGCUGGGUCUUAGUCACAAAAGAAGGCAAUUCCAUUAUGGCCCAAUCUUCAUGAAAGGUUUGCAUUAAAAGGCCUUUGGCAUCCACCUAGGCCAGUGAGUCUCAACCCAGCUUCACACUAUCAUGACCUGGAUGCUUUAAAAACUACAUCGAUGCUGCCACCUCAGAGAAACCGUUGUUAUUGGCUUGGGGUAGGGCCCAGAGGUCUUUUUACAAAGCUCUACAGAUAACUUAAAACUAUCCUUAAAACACCUCCUAAUUCCAAGUGCCACCUGGAGAGAUACAGGGACAGCCCCUUUCCAUUGAGGUGGCCGUCAGAUGGUUACUAUUCAUUGUUCAUUUAGUGCAGCAAGAGUCUAAGUACGCAGGCCUGGAGCAAAACGACCACUUACUGGUGACCUUGGGCAAACUAAUUAACCUCUCCAAGUCUCAGUUUCCUCAUUUGAAACGGGGGAAAUAACAUGGGAUUGUGGUGAGAUUUAAAUAAAAUAAUGCAGGUGAGGUGCACAGUGCAAUGCUUAGCAGGUAGUGAACACUGCGAUGCCGCCUGCUAGUGUUACCUCAUUAUUCAUUCCAAAGUACUUAGUAAAUACGUACUGGGUACUGCAUCCUGUGCCUGAAGAAGACACAGUUCUUGGCCCUGAAGCUCACUGUCAGACGUGGAAUCAAGACAAUAAAAGAACAGUACAUGUAGUAAGUGCUAUAGUUACAUCUAACUGCCAGAGGGGGUCAAGAAAGGCUUUACAGAGAAGUGAAGGUCCAGAGCUGAACCCAGAAAGACGGUUUGUAACAAAACAGUUAUGCAUGGGUGCUGGCGGCAGUCUCAUUAGAGAAACAAAACUGGAAUUUGCUGGGAAAGGUAGAUCCAAUGUUUCUUUUUAACCACAUUUUGACCUCUCUCUCCCAAUUCUGUCAUUGCAUAUUUUGUUUCAUUCAUUCCCAAGCCGUCACAUGAAACAGUGUGACAGUGCGGAAUCACUGCGAACCCACUGGAAUGCUUACUCUGUGUGAGGCGCUGUAGCAGCAGGAGAGAGAUACGUGAAGCCCAUCAAAUUCAGAAUGCAGGUAAGGCACGUGUGUCAUCAAGGACAUCUGCAGUCUGUCAACAAAUCAAAUAACUGAUGGCUCCAGACUUUACGGACAUCUAUAGAGAAAGAGAAGACAAAGUCCCUGCCACCACGUAAUUCGUAUCAGGUUGAAGAGACAGGUUUGCAGUAACAAAUCACAUCUAGUCUGUAUUAAAGGCUGGACAAGUGGCAAGCUCAGAAGGCCCUGGACAGGUUCAGAGGACAGGCUUGCUGGGAGCCUGGGCAGGUGGAACAGGCUUCACUGAGGAGGCCUUGGAAGGAAGGAAUUAUUAAAUUAGUCAGGACUGGAGAAGUCGCUCUGGGCAAAGAGCUCCAAGAACAAAGGCAGAAAGAGAUUUUCAAGGUGUUCUAGAGAAAGUGAACAACUUUUAUAUUGCAUUAAAGCACACAAAAAUUUUAACUCAUUCAAAUUCUUACUUGGCUGGAAAUAUAAAUUAUAGAGAUGAGAAGUGGAAAAUGGGAUAGGAGAGAGCUCAGGAUAUGAUUGGGGGGUGGUCAGGGAGGGAAGUGAAGUUAGUAUUUAAUUAUGUAGAAACGGGGACUCAGUUUUUUUUGAGCAAGGGAGUGGGUGUGUGUAAAGUAGCUGUGUAUUAGAAGAUUAACCUGGUGAAGUUGUGUUGGGUAAAUUAGGGGGAACGGAAAUUGAACAGAGCAGUUCAGAGACUGUUUCAGAUGUGAAUGAGGGUCUAGUAAGAGUUAGAGCAAUAGGAAUUGAGAAGGUGGAAUCAGAACAAUGAAUUGACAAGAUUUGGAAACACGGAUUUGGGCAGUGAUGACAAUGAAAGCUAAAGGAUAGAUGUUAAGCCUAUGUGAGUGAGAGAAGGAUUCAAAAAUAGGCAAGUUUGGGGCGGUGCUGGUCUGGGACAUGUUGAAUGAAUGGCAGGGCAUCGUGCUAGAAUGUGCGGAGACCAUUGAGAAUGUAUGGGUGGAAGUCAGGACUGAGGUCAAGAGCAUUGAUUCUGGAUGUAGGAGUCACUUGGAUGGAGAUAAUAGUAAAUGAGGACUGUGAGAAACAGAGUAGAGCAGAAAGGUUAUGGCCUAAGAUUUGGGGAGGAGGGAAGUUUGGGGACAAGUCGAGAAGGAGGAGGAGUUUAAGUCCCCAAAAGGACAAAAGAACUGGUCACAGAGGAAUGUAAAAAAAACCAGGCCAGUGGUGUAGGUCACGAGGAAGACGAUCAGGGUCGAGUGCUGCAGAACGUCUAAGGGAAUGACGGAUUAAAAAAGAAUAACAGGUUAUUUGAUUUUGUGACCUAGAAAGUUUUUAUAGACAGGUAAGAAAGACCACAGCUGGUUAAACAAAGAUGAUACGCUGAUGAUGGUACUGGAGUCCACACAUGUAUACCCUUUGGUGAACAAAAUGUAUGACAAGAGAUUGGGAGGGUGGAAGUCAAAGGAAGAAAUGUUCUGAAUCAAAGACUCCUAAAUGUAUUUGUUGGGGGCAGAGCGCCUUGAAUGGAGGCACUUGAGGAGUAGGGAGGAGGGAGGGAUGAGGUUUCAAAGGAGGCAGGAGCGGAGGAGGUGGCAUCAGGAAGUUCAGCUCUUCCCCAGGAAAGGGAAUCAUGAUGAUUCCGUGAGAUUCCGAGAUGGAUGUGAGAGCUCAGGACAGAUGGCUUCCAUGUUCUAAGUAAAGGACAACAGAAAGCACAACGUGGUGGUGUGUGACAUUUAACAGACGUCAUCCAUUCCUGCAUUCACGCAACAGUCCACCCUGUUACAGACACCGCGUGAGGUUUGGAAUGCAAAGUCUGUACAGGGCCCAAGUGAAGAAUUUUGGUGCGUUUCUUAUUGCAUUUAUUUUUGUGUAACUUGUGACAAACUGAAACAUAAGUUAUCAAAAGAAUGAGAGAAGGGAUAAGCACACACAAAAACCAAACACGCAUACAAAUAAAAACACCAAUUAGUCUUCGAUAUUUUGGGGGGUGGGGAGUCAAAGAAAGAACUCAUUGGUUUACUUCAGUAAAUGGUAUAGCAGAAAACAAACACCUCCUUUUGAAAACAAAUCACCUCCUUUUCCCAAGGUUCUUCCAGAGAAUUCAACUCUCAAAAUUCAGCUUAGGGGGUCUUUCUGAUGUUCACAGGAAAAGUGUCUUAAACUCUGGUGACAAUGUAGUAAAAUAUAUCUUUGCUUGGGCCCAAGCUGAGGUCUGAAACUACUUCCACCCACCUGGUGUUUUAUUUUUAUCGGUUAGAAGUGUGAUAAGAGUUAUUUGAAAGUGAUUUAGGAAGCUCAUAUUGCUAAAUGAUCAGUUUGCCUUGUCCACUGUAGAAAUGGCACUAAGGGAAAAUCCAUGACUACAAACCACAGCACAAGUGUCCCUUAAGCAAAACCUCUACCUAGUCAGCCAGUGACCCAGUAAACCAAACGAAACCAGUCCACUGCUGGGCUCAGAGUGGCAGGAUGUGCAUGCAAGGAUGGUAAGAAUUGUCACCCUAGCGAGAAAUCCAACACCGUUCUCAGGCACGCUUGGGUGUCCACUAGAUUCUGCUGAAGUCCUUGAAAGGGUUGAAAACUGUUGGGAGCUUGCCGUUUGUGUUCAGCCGACCGAGUCUGUGGGAGUACAUCUCUGCGUAACGAGGCAGAACUGAGCGCUCCUCAGUUUUGUUCCUUUAUGUUUCCAUUUAUACAGGCUACUUUUCUUUUCUCAGCAUUUUGUUGCUUAACGUUUAUUUGCUUAUUAGAGCAGAAAUUGGUUUCUCCGCAGCUAAUAAUGUUUCUUUAAAAAAAGAAACUUUUUUUCCUGGUCUUCCGGAGCAAGACAGGAGUCACAGGGUAGUUGCUAACCGGAAAUCAAGAAUAAGAAAAGCCACAUCACUGGGCACAAGUUUCAUUAAGCUGUAUGCCCUGGGGUUCAUCAGAUAUAGAAGCCUGGUGAAAAGACAGGUCAUCAACAAUGGCGUCCUAAAGUGCAGAAUGGAGACCGGACCGCAGUGUGGAAUCCAGCUCGUGUACUUCGGCUUUCCACGUGGCAUCAUACUCUUUGGCGGCUGUCAGCACGAACGCCAGUCCUGGCGAAAGUAACAUUGACCUGGCUGCUUCAGAGCUCAGAGACGAAUAGAGCGUCCGCAGGCUCUCGCCUCACUUUGACUGAUCCUCAGACCGUCCCAGUUCAUAGCGCCACCAAGCGUCGCCGACCCGCCUCCAGACCUCGAGGUGCGGGCAGCCGGGGCCUGAAGCUCGAGGCCCAGGUGCCUGGCUCCGCCCGCUCUCUGGUUGCGGAAACCCAGCCGCGUGGGUCGGAGUGGCUGCCACGCCGCACCUGCCCACGAGGGGGCGCGCCCGCGCGCCGGGCCCAGGCCGCCUCGGGCUCGCGAGCGCUCGCUCCUUCCUUCCUCCGCCCUUCCCUGACGGCGUUCACCUGUCUGGGCCGGGGGCCCGGCAGGGGGGUUGGCCGGCGGGAGCCAAGCCGAGGAAGAGGGCGGAGCGGCUCUCCCGGAGCGUCAUCGGAGCACCAUGGCGGACCUGAGAGCUGGCGGCGACGGCCACACGGGCGGCGAUGGCGCUGCGCAGAGCGAAACAGCGCCUGAUGGCAACAAAGUGCAAGAUAAGAAAGCCGCGGCCUCCAACCGGCCUGCUUCUGCUAUUUCAGGACAGAAUAGCAACCACACAGGAAAUAAACCAGACCCUCCACCAGUGCUGCGCGUUGAUGACCGGCAGCGGCUGGCGAGGGAGCGGCGUGAGGAGCGGGAGAAGCAGCUAGCUGCAAGAGAAAUAAUCUGGUUAGAGAGAGAAGAGCGAGCCAGGCAGCACUACGAAAAGCACCUGGAGGAGCGGAAGAAGAAGUUAGAAGAGCAGAGGCUGAAAGAGGAACGUAGGAGGGCUGCUGUGGAGGAGAAGCGAAGGCAGAGGCUCGAGGAGGACAAGGAACGCCAUGAAGCCGUUGUACGACGUACAAUGGAGAGGAGCCAGAAGCCAAAACAGAAACAUAACCGGUGGUCAUGGGGAGGCGCUCUCCACGGGAGCCCCAGUACCCACAGCGCAGCUCGCCGCCUGCAGCUCAGCCCAUGGGAGAGCAGCGUGGUUAACAGAUUGCUGACGCCCACACAUUCGUUCCUGGCCAGAAGUAAAAGCACAGCUGCCUUGUCUGGAGAUACAGCAUCUUGCAGCCCCAUCAACAUCAUGCCCUACAAAGCCGCACACUCUAGAAAUCCGAUGGAGCGACCAAAAUUCUUUGUAACGCCACCGGAGGGCUCCGCGCGAAGGAGGACUGUUCACGGCGCAGCGGGCUAUAAAAGAGAAAGGGAGAGAGAAAACUUACCCUUCCACCUCACACCCGGCAUCCGAAGGGCACUAUCUCCAUCUCAUCCCAAAGCCAGAUCACCAGCUUCCUCCCGACUUUGGCUCCCAUCCAAGUCCUUUCCCCACUUGCCUGGCACCCCCAGACCAGCAUCCUCCAUGCCUCCUGGACCAGUCAAACCUGCCCCUGCUCAGGUCCGGCCCCCCUCGCCCGGCAACAUCCGCCCCAUCAAGAGAGAAGUCAGAGUGGAACCUGAGAGAAAAGACCCUGAGAAGGAACCUCAGAAAGUUGCCAAUGAGCCCUCACUAAAGGGCAAGGCACUUUUGGUGAAGGUAGAAGAAGCCACAGUUGAAGAGGGGACACCUGUCGAACCAGAGGCUGCUCCUGCUGCUCCGGAGGCAGCCUCAGCACCGGCCUCCGCUCCAGCCUCCACUCCGGCCCCUUCAUCCACUGUGACUGCCAUCGCUUCUCUGAAGACCUCUGCGGGCACCACUGACCCGGAAGAGGCCACGAGGCUGCUAGCUGAGAAGAGGCGGCUGGCCCGAGAGCAGAGAGAGAAGGACGAAAGGGAGAAGAGGGAGACGAAAGAGCUCGAAAGACAAAAGCGAGAAGAAUUGGCCCAAAGGGUGGCUGAAGAGAGAACCCGCCGAGAGGAGGAAGCCCGCCAGCUGGAAGCUCGGCAAGCCAGGGAGAGGGAAGAGCAGCUGCGGCGGCAGGAGGAGGAGCGGGCCCGGCGCGAGCGGGAGGAGAUGGAGCGCAUCCAGAAACAGAAAGAAGAAGAAGCUCGUGUUCGGGAAGAAGCAGAGAGGGUCCGGCAGGAACGGGAGAAGCAUUUCCAGAGAGAAGAGCAGGAGCGCCUGGAGAGGAAGAAGCGGCUUGAGGAGAUAAUGAAAAGAACCAGAAGAACAGAAGCUUCAGAUAAGAAAACCGUUGAUCAGAGAAAUGGAGAUAUAACCAAGGGAGCGCUCAUUAGAGAAACAGCGGUAUCUGCACUUCCAAAUAUGACAAACUCUCCAGGACAAGGAGAACCAGCAGCCAGCCCCCAUGUGGUUGCCUCACACCAAUCAGAAGUGACUGUGGAGAGUACUCCCAAUUUGGAAAAACAACCAAAUGAAAAUGGAAUAUCAGUUCAGAAUGAAGAUUUUGAAGAAAUUAUAAAUUUACCCAUUGGAUCUAAACCAUCCAGAUUAGAGGUCACCAACAGCGAGAGUCCAGACAUUCCUUUGAAUCCUAUUUUGGCCUUUGGUGAUGAAGGGACACUUGGGACCCUGCCUCAGGUAGAUGGUGUUCAAACACAGCAAACAGCAGAAGUUAUAUGAGCAUUUCUUCUAAAGAACCAAAGCAGAAAUUUAAUAAGAAUUUCUACAAUUAAUGGAAUUCCUUCCAUGCUACAAAGGAGCAUCUCCCCUUCCCCAGUUUUCUAAAGGUUUCUUGACCAUCAUUUUGAAAAGACUUUAUUAAAACCAGCUAAAGACAACAGACUGGAUAGCUUUUCUAAUAAUUUUCGCCAAUAGAGAAAAAGAAAUCCUCCCUUGUUCUUCAGUACUUUAAAAUAGCUUUUUCCAGUGUGCUCCUUCUUAGGAAAUCAAUAUUUUUCUGCAUUCUCUAAAAGAUGAGAGCAUUUGGCUGUAAAAGAAAUGGGACGAGUAGGCAUGAUUUUUCACAUAGAUAUUUUGGACUUUAAAAGCUAACAUGUAAAAUUGGCACAAAAAUUUUUACCUUUUACAGUGUAAUACUUGAAAUAUAAGUACCUCUUGGUUCAACAAGUAGAGUGAAUAGGAGAGAUGUUUAAAUUAAGCCUGUUUGUUUAAAUAUUAUAUUGCAAAGAGCUCUAUUUGUAGAGGCAGAUUACCAGGUUCUUGUAAAUGCAACUUGUACAUGGACAUUCUGCAAACCCCACUGUCCCAUUCUUCUUGCAUCUCCUUUUGCAAAACAUACUCAACAGUUUUAAAAUGUGAAAAAAAAGAACAUUAUUUUUUCAGAGCAAGAAAAUAAUUUACUGUCCUCUUAAAUAAUGUAUUUAUAAAGUUUUUUUCAGAUAAACUAAUCAAAUAAAUUAGAACAAUGUGACAACGUUGCAGAAUUUGAUUUAUGAGAUGCAUUCCUUAUGUUACCAUGAGAGAAUGUUGUUGAUGAUUCAGGGCUAUUUCUGAAGUCUGUUUAUUGCUGCUGUCCCCAGUGAUGGUGGGACUUACCUUUGCCUUACCUGAUCACAAAUUAUUUGGAGGUGGGGGAGAAUAAAGAUUUAAUAUUUCUUUAAAUAAAAAAGAGAAUUUGGUUUUGCUCGUUUAAGAGCAAUGAAAAAAUGAUGGAAUGUGGACUGUGUUUGGCACCCAGGACAUGGCAGGAUGAUACCUUCGUGAAGGUCCUUGUUCUGCGUGGCAUCCAUCAGCUUUCACCCUUCAUCCUUCUUCACUUUCGCUGCUGAGCUUGGCUGUACAAACUUGCACUUUCAUUUGAUAAUAUAAAUUCAAUUUUAUUUUACCAUUUGAGAGACUACUAAUAACUAAAUACUGAAGGAGAGAGAACACUGAGGGAACGCAUUUUUUUAUUAUGGAGUGUUUAAAAAAGGUAAACUUCUGCCACUCGAAUGUGUUUUUAUUCAAAGUGGGAUUGAUUAAUCUAGAUUGAAUGCGGGACUGUUCAUUUAUUGGACCAUUUCCUUAAAAUCCAAGCAUACCGUCUUUAGUAACAGCUGUAAUUUGUUAAAAACAUUAAUUUGGGGUUUUUCCCUGUUCUCAGUUGUCCAUGUACACAUAGUCAUAUUAAAAGAAAAAUCUGUUCAACCAAAUUGUUUUUUUUUUAAUCGACCUAGCAUGAAACACCAAAUAAAAUGUGUAUGACAUA